GUCUACAACCCCAGGAGACUCGACUGCGUCAGGGUGGUCCUACUUAGACAACAUGACCAAAAUAGCGUGGGUGGUGACGUGCUUGGUCGCCUGGGCGGGGCUCAGCCAAGUGGCAGUGGGCGUGAGGCUUCAAGAUGGGCGUUAUGAGGAUGUAGUGUUGGCUGUGGACCCAGUCAUGGGCAAUAACGUCAUCACGAUAAACGAGCUAGAAAAUAAUCUUAAGAGCCUUCUACAAGAGACCUCCGACUCCCUUCACGCAGCCACCGGAGGCAAGUUCUCCCUGGGCUCCGUCAAGGUCGUCCUCCCACAGGCAUGGGACGCUCCGGAAGGCCUGCUGGGGGAUCCUGUAGAAGGCGUCUCGUGGAGCACCGCCGACAUCCGCCUCGAGGAACCCCAGAAGGAUUACCAAGGGAAUUACGUGUCCCAUGCGCCUAAUACGCUGCAGCCUGGCCAGUGCGGAGUCCCGGGUCGCCACAUCACGAUCCACACCACUUUCCUGGACGCUCAGUACGUGCAGCAGAAUUACGGAUCACGAGGCGGCGUGAUGGUGCACGAGUGGGCCCACUACCGCUGGGGGGUCAUGGAGGAGCAUGGGUUCCCCGGAGACGCCAUCUUCCCGGUUCAUUACUCGAGGGGAGAACAAGACAAACUCCCAACGAGCUGUUAUGACGGGGAACUGGAAGGAAAUUAUCAGACUGAAGAGGGCGUGGAAUGUAACCCAAGUGCUGCAUCACCCAAGUGCUACUUCAUGCCAAGUGACACCACCUCGCCUGCCCAAGGGUCUCUUAUGUAUCUGACACAUCUGUCCGACGGCCAUUUCUGCAAUAGGAGCAGCCACAACCCAUGGGCGCCCACACCUCAGAAUAUUCACUGUGGGCGUCGGUCUGUUUGGGAAAUAAUUGAGGCCCAUGAUGAUUUUAAAGAAACAAGCGAGGCUCACGAAAACCCAGCGCAAGUGUCCGUUACUUUCCACAAAUCUCCGACACCGAGGCUUUUCAUACUGUUCGAUCCUCCUACACCUGAUGUCGACGAGAGUGCAAUAAGCAACAUGGUCAAAGACAUAAUUCAAGACCUGUCGAGAAAAUUCAAAUCACUAGAAGUUGGAAUGGCUACCUACAGGCUCCUUAGCGGAACCGUUAGCAUCAUCAAAAUGAGAGAUUUUAGUCCAGUUACCGAUCUGGCCAGUCUGGACCAGUUUAUGCCGACCGCCAGUGAUCGUGUGUCAGAGAACACAGUGCCACUGGGCCAGGCUGUGGCUUUCCUGGUGCCAACCUGGACGGAAUACACUCCCGGCACUCUACUGCUGGCACCCGUGUACAACCCCGUGCCGGCCGAAGAGGCGUCGGAGGUGGAAAGUGAAACCCUCCUGAAGAGGACGGUCAAGAUGCUCCUCGUGGGCGGCAGAGGAGGCCUCGAGAAUCUAGCGAACAUGGCGCCCGUGCUGCAGGAGGCCGGCGGGCGUAUCUACGGCUCAUCGAACUUCACCGCCAAUGAACUGAAUUUGAAGAAUGACUUGGAAAAAUACUUGCUACAUCCACACUUUAAUGAUCACAUCGUGUACGGCGUCUCUGCAACGGAAAUCAACAUCGGAGAAAACAUCGUGGGAGAAAUUCAACUCGACACGAGGGGAUUAUCGGCUCUCAACCUCGUGAUUAAGAUCGAUUCCUUUGAUCCCGAGCAGUUCAGUCUAACCUUUAGACAUCCUUUCGUAUUUAAAGAUGUUGUUUGCGGCACGGAAGCUGCGGAAAAGAUCAAUUUCUUCUGCGAGAAUUUUGAUGGGGGUAUUUACGCUACUUACCAGACUACGGCGGUUGCGGGGUUCGAAACCGUCUACCAGUACAAGUUAAUGUCGGGAUCGAACGGAGUCCAUAAUGCAACCAUGACUUGGAGCACGGUAGAAACACAAGUCACCGACUCAAUGGUUUACGUAGAUCUGUGGUCAUCGGAAGACAGAGGCGUCAGGGCAAACAUUCCAGAAAGUGCCGGUCUUAUGCUUUUCUGCGAGGUUACGCACCCGAAAGGCUACCUCGAGGAGUUAACAAUUUCGGCCGAGGUCAAGAUUGGAGAGUCUGCGCCCAUCAUUGUUAAUUUUGUUGACGAUAGAGUUGGAGAAAUCGACACACGCAAAAACGACAGUGUCUGGACAGCCGCUAUACCAGGGAAGUUCUCCACCGGAUCGGAACUCAUUGUUACCAAGUUGGCAAUCAACCACAACCCUGAUAUUUACUCACCUAUUAAGACUGGCAACACUGUGAGGUCGAAGCGCGAAGUCGUCCUUUCUUCAGGAGGAUCUGCCGCGCCCUCCGGGUCCUCAGCGCUCCCGAAGAACCCCUGGGAAGGCUCCUGCUGCGGGAGUUUCCACGACGGGAAGCCCUUCACGGACUCGCCAAUCAACCGGUUCUUGAGAUUUCCUUACAAGACAGUCCUCUCGCGGGAGAUCGAGGAUACUCCCCCAAAAGUCGUGGGCUUGGAGCCUGACGAGAACAGCGAGCAACAAGUAGAAGGAAACAUUGUGAAGGUUGCUUUCAAAUGGGGAGGAAUGACAGAGACAAGAACAGCCAGGUCUAAUCCGGACAGUUUCUUGAUCCGAUAUUCAUUUGACCUGCGUGACCUUAUUGACGAUUUCCCAAACGCAAAGGAGCCCUUGGAAGGCACAGGUACAGCACCCGGAGAUGCUUCAGAGACCGUGGUCAUUCUUCCUUACGAGGAGGUAAUGAACCAGGAGGUGUAUCUCAGCAUUGCAUCUGUGAAGAGCGGAGUCAUGGGACCUCCGGCAACUGCUACUGCGGUUACGAUAAACGAGAAAACAACAACCACCACAGAGUUAACCACCACAACCACCACCACAACUACCACCACCACAACCCCGGCCGCCACAACGCCUGCCUCCACCACCCAGCCAACAACCCCAAGCAAGGGAGUGUCAAGUGAAGUAACGACAACGCCUUUACCGACAACAACCGACAGCGCCUCGUCCUUGGCCCUUUGUCCCUUGCUGUUCGCUGCUGUCGUGGCUGUCGGUCUUACUCUGCGUUAAAAAAUAGGACGUCACGUUGUUGUAAAGUUAAAGUUAGUUCAGGCUGCUGUUUCAUUAUGAUUGUUGCUUUUUAGGUAUGAUACUGAUGUGAUAGUGUUUCUUCUUUUAGGUUUUUGGAAUUUUGCAGUCAAAAGGAUAAUGGUAGUUACUAGUAAUUUAUCAUGUAUUUAGUGGUUUUAUUGGAAAAUAAAUAGUUAAUAGUUAUACUUCGUUUAAGAAAAGAAAAGAAAUAGUUAAGAUAAAAAUAUAUUGUGAUAUAAUGAUUCUUAAAUUUAGACACAUUUGGAAUCAAACGGAUAUUGGUAAUUGCUUGUAAUAUACAAUGUAUUUAUUGAUUCACCCUUUGUACUUAUAACAAAAUGAUGGAAAUGUCUGAUUUCAAUGCACCCAGACUAAUGACAGUCUUAAAAGAAAGAUGCUACUAGUGGUUAUUCCAUGCAUUGAUUAAAUCAUAAAUAUAUUCUUGUGAUUCCC